AGUACAUCACAAUAGAUACGUCGAUAUCAGAAGUAAGAUAAAAUCAACAAAUUGUGUUAUUUAUAAAAUGAAAAUAAUCCAGACAGCCAAUUAAUUUGCCUCACAAUAAGAUUGAUAUCAAACGAGUCUUCACAGAUGCAAAGCCAUUAAGACGAUUAGGCUAGUGAAAAAACAUAUUGAAAAACAUCCUUGACAUACUCUUCUCAAUCAAUUAUUAUUUCUACAUUCGAAAAUAACCCUGUCUAUCUGUUAGCUUAACCCAAAAUAAUGGAGGAAGAGCAGGCCACUAUUGAGAGCCAGUUCUUUGCAUUCGCCAAACUAUUCGACAGCAAGAAUAGAACUGGUCUCACAAUCACUCUGUGGAACUCUGACUACUGGAUGCGUCAAGCCAGCCUUCUUGACGAUAGGAAGCUCACCAUGACCGAUACGGGGAUUUUGUUUAAUAAGUUUGGUAAAUCUGAAAUAGAUAUAAAUGAAUGGCUUACAUUUGUGUCUGAACUUUGUGCGAGGAAAGAAUUUAAUGAAGAAAGAUUCUUGGAGGUAUUGACGAACUGCGGUCUACCGGGGGAGACGCCUGUCGAGGUACCGCAGUACCGAAAGUUCUUCAGCACUUACAAAUCAAAACAUGCCUUGGUUGGCUGAGAAAUCUUGCUUUAAUAUUAUGUUAUCCUUCGUCCUCGUUUGGAUAACUGAAUUGUUAAACUGUUAAAAUACUAGGCGUUCUAAAUCUCUUCGCGUUUCCGAUCUUUAUGUAAUUAAUGUUGUCCACUCCAUUUAUACGGAAGCUAUCGCACUGUUAUUUUGCAACGUCUAUUUGGGCAGCGCGAGACGGCGAGCUUGUGCCUGUUCCCACAAACACACGAAAAUCGUAAAGAAAACGUCCCGUCGACUUGUCCCACCAUUAGCUUUGACUAGAAAUUUACUAGGCGCCAACGUUUUUUUUAAAUUUAGUAGGAUACCGGCCGUACAAGUAUAAAAAUAGAAUUUCAUUAGCGGUGUGCUAUACCUUCCUUAAAUAAUCCUCAGUCUGAUUAAUUUAAAACGAUUUUUCAUUAGCAUUGUAUGUCAUCUUCGUUUUUUAUUCACCGCUCGGGAGCCUUUGAAUUGGCUAUUAAUACUGUUUCGCCGAAGUUUUUCUAAGCGUCUAAGAUUGAAUUAUACAGAGCGUUUCUUAAAUUGUAAUUAUACCUCAUGAUGUUAAAAUAUUUUUGGCUUAGUUUUGCGGUAUACUUAAUUAAAGUUGAACCGUAGGUCUUGUAUUUCUGAUCGCGGUUUAUUAAUAAUAAUGUUUUUACCUUAUUUUUAUUAAUUUCGCCGUUUCUCUUUCCAAACCAGAUUGCGUUGACAUUUGCCUUUUCUACAGAUUUAAUACAUGAAUUUUAGAAUGUCGGCCUUUACCUGAUGAUUUAGUUAGUUUUUAUUUUUAAAGGAAUUGUACUCUACUACUUUU